ACUCACCAUUCUGUGAGUUUUCUGGUUAUAAUGCAUAUCUCUGUUUUCAUAUUUUUCUUUUCAGCAUCCACAUCCUUCAAAGAUGAAUUUCAUUUUUUUGACCCUGCUGAUUAUUAGUGGAAUUACUUACUCAAGAUCAGACCGGUAUGAAGUAGUGAGUCCUGCAGAUACUGUAUUUGCUGUAGCUGGUGAAGAUGUGAUUCUGCCCUGUUCAGUUAAGCCCAGCAUCAGUGUUGUGGACAUGAGAGUGGAGUGGUUUAGAUCUGAUCUGAAAAAUUCACAACUAGUGCAUCUCUAUGAGGAUCAUGACGACAGAAACACAAAUCAGAGUCAAUCCUACAGAGGAAGAACAAAACUGAAUCCUCAAGAAUUACAGAGAGGAGAUGCAUCACUCAAACUCUCAUCUGUCCAAGUCUCUGAUGAAGGACGUUACAAGUGUUUUAUUCAGUCCAAAUCCUGGUCUGAUUAUGCUUCUCUUGAUAUCAGUGUUGAAGCUGUAGGAAGUCCUCCAGUGAUCACUGUAGAUGGAUUUGAUCAAUCAGGAGGGCUUCAUCUACAAUGUGAAUCUGAAGGUUGGAACCCUAAACCUGAUCUUGAGUGGCUGAACAGUGAAGGAGCCAGCUUGAGUUCAGAAACAACAGAAAUGCAAAGAAACACAGACGGGUUCAGUGUGAAACACACCCUCACUGUACAACACAGAGAUGACAAGAUUCACUGCAGAGUCAGACUGAGACAUCACAUGCUGGAGACACUGAUUUUGACCUCAAGUAAGAGUUUUAAUCCUUGGAGGACAUUAAUCAUCUUGUCUUCAAUUGCUGCUGUACUCAUUGUGAUUUCUGGAAUACUGUUAGCUGCAUUUGUUCAUAAAAGAAGAGAACACAACAAACAACAGAAUGAGAACAGGAGGAAAACAGAAGACCGUGAUCGACUACAGGAGGAGAAGAACAGAUUUCAACAAGAACGUGAUAAACUACUGGAGGAGGAGAAGAGAAUUCAACAAGGUGAAUUUAUCUAA